AAAAAAAAAAACAAAACCACUGUAUGGAUCAGAAAAAAAGAAAAAUGUAUAUGGUCCAUUAUUUAUCUUCUCCAAGGUUAACAUAAACAACAUCUUUUGCCAUCAUUUAUUUCUACUUUUUUUCAGCGCAUGGUUUAUACUAUCUUAGCCAUGCAGUCAUGUCCAUCUACAGAUUAAGAGGGACAAACAAGAGGAGGCCAUUAAAUAUCUUGAGAGUAAAUUAGUCACAACCCUCCAAGACCCAUUGUGCUUAUCCAAUAUGGAUAGCUCAAGCAAACCAGAAAUAGUCUAUGAACUGCAACCCUUCCUCCGAGUGUACAAGGACGGCAGCGUUGAAAGGCUCGUCGGCACGGACACAGUCCCUCCAUCCACCGAUCCCACAACCGGCGUCACCUCCAAAGAUGUAACCAUCUUACCCGAAUCACAGAUAUCUGCCCGCCUCUACCUCCCAACGCUCGCAAUUCAAAAUCCGCACCACAAACUCCCUCUACUCGUUUACUUUCCCGGAAGCUACUUCUGCGUCGUUUCUCCAUUUUCUUCCGAAUCCCACAGAUUUCUCAACGCCCUUGUCGCCGAAGCCAAAGUCAUAGCGGUCUCCGUAAAUUACAGGAAAGCCCCUGAGCAUCCUAUUCCCACGGCAUACGAAGAUUCCUGGGCUGUGUUGCAGUGGAUUAUUUCUCACUGCGAUCAUGGCGGGCCUGAGGCUUGGUUGAAUGAGCAUGCGGAUUUCCAAAGGGUGUUCUUGGGCGGAGCCAGUGCUGGUGCUAACGUAGUUCAUAACUUGGCUCUGGUUGCUGGAGACCCUGACUUUGGACUUAGCGUGGAGCUCUUGGGCGUUGCUUUGAUCCACCCGUAUUUCUGGGGGUCGGUUCCUGUCGGGUCGGAGGCAUUGCAACCAGAAAAGAAGGCGUUCGUAGAUCGGAUUUGGCCGUUGGUGUGCCCGUCCGUGCCGGACAAUGAUGACCCUCGGAUCAACCCGGUUGCGGAGGGUGCACCUAGCUUGGCUGGGGUUGGGUGUAGGAGAGUGCUGAUUUGUGUGGCUGAGAAGGACGUGUUGAAGGAUAGAGGGCGGUUUUAUUACGAGGCGUUGAGUCGGAGUGGAUGGAUGGGAGUGGUGGAGAUAGAUGAGACGGAAGGUGAGGAUCACGUGUUUUUUUCGUAUGAUUUGGAGGGUCAGAAUUCAAAGGAUCUGAUCAACCGCUUGGCCGCUUUCUUUAAUAGAGACUUGCCUCCUGUUUUUUGAUUUUUAUUAUUUUCUUUUAUUAAAGGGACCGCUAUUCUAUUCAGUCAAGUUUUAAACAAUCAUCGGCUUAUCGUUUUACUCUCUGUAUCAAUUUUGACUAUAUAACCUUUUUCUUUUAAUUAAAAGAUUAUCUUUCAAUAAAAAA